UUUCGAACUUACCGUCUCCCUCCUUCUACCACGACGCAUUGCCAGCCGUGGAUCAAAAAGAUGGCUCAACAAUUACCAAUACGGUUUAGUGAAGUUUUACAGCUGGCUUCCUUGGGAGUUCAGCCUUCGUUUGGCUUCGCCAAUGUUACUCUUCAGUCAGAAAAAUAUGUUUGUAUUCGCGAUAAUUCCAACGGUGCCAACCAAGUGGUGAUCGUUGACCUUGAAAGCCCCGAAAAUGUGGUUCGACGACCUAUUUCCGCUGAUUCAGUUAUUAUGCAUCCUAAGAAAAUGAUUAUCGCUUUAAAGGCACAAAGACAACUUCAAGUCUUUGAUUUAGAAGCCAAGGCCAAACUUAACAGCUAUGUGAUGAAUCAAGACGUUGUUUAUUGGACUUGGAUCAGCGACUCUACCAUCGGUAUUGUCACCGAAACCUCCGUAUACCAUUGGUCUCUUUCUGGUUCGGAUCCUGUCAAGAUGUUUGACCGCCACAGCUCUUUGAACGGUACGCAAAUCAUUUCUUACAGAAGCAAUUAUAAUGAAGAAUGGUUCACCCUUGUUGGUAUCUCUUCACGAGAUAAUCGUAUCGCCGGUAACUUACAACUCUACUCCAAGAAGCGAAAAGUUAGUCAACCUUUAGAAAGCCAUGCCUCUGCUUUUGCAGUCAUCCAACCAGAAGGCCUUAAUCAUGAUGUACAAGUACUUGCCCUUGCCAGCCGGUUACCGACUGGCUCGAAAUUAAGUGUUGUUGAAAUCGAUCGUAAUCCCAAUAACCCUGCUUUUGCUACGAAAACUGUCGAUCUCUUCUUCCCUCCUGAAGCUAUUAAUGACUUUCCCAUUGCCAUUCAAAUUGCACCCGCCUAUGGUGUCGCUUAUGUUGCCACAAAAUUUGGGUUUAUUCAUGUUUAUGAUUUGGAAACUGCUAAAUGCAUCUAUAUGAAUCGUGUAUCUGGCGAAUCUAUUUUCGUAACCACUCCCCAUGGAUCCGUGAACGGUGUGAUGGCUGUUAACCGUAAAGGCCAGGUCCUCAGUGUUUCCAUAAACCCAGACACAAUCAUUCCUUAUGUCCUAAACAAUUUGAACGAUGCAGGAUUGGCUGUCCGAUUAGCCUCUCGUGCCAAUUUACCUGGUGCUGACAAUCUGUAUGCUCAACAAUUCCAACAAUUAAUGAUGCAAGGCAAUUAUGGUGAUGCUGCUAAGGUGGCUGCCUCUUCACCCCGCGGUAUCCUACGUACAGCUCAAGUUAUUGAACAAUUUAAGCAAUUACCCGCCAUUCCUGGCCAGAUUGCUCCUAUUCUGCAAUAUUUUGGCACCUUGUUAGAUAAGGGUCCCUUAAAUGAACACGAAUCAUUAGAGUUGGCUCGUCCUGUACUUGCUCAGAACCGCGUGCAACUUUUAGAAAAAUGGUUCAAUGAGGAUAAACUUGCUUGUACAGAGGCACUCGGUGACCUUAUUAAGCCUGUAAACUCUGCCUUAGCCUUGAAGGUGUAUGAAACAGCUAAUAUUCCCAACAAAGUAGUUAUGUGUCUGUCUGAGCUUGGUGACUUCAACCGAUUAGUUUCUUACACAAGCCAAACAAGCUUCACUCCCGAUUAUGUCUCGCUUUUGCAAAAUUUGGUUCGAGUUAAUCCUGACCAAGCGGCUGAUUUCGCUACUCAAAUUUACAAUAGCGAUCCUUCGGUCAACUUAGAAAAGAUCGUUGAUAUCUUCAUGUCUCAAAACCUCGUACAACAGGCUACUGCCUUCUUGCUCGACGCUCUUAAGGAUGAUAAUCCCGCACACUCUCAUUUGCAAACUCGUUUACUCGAAAUGAACCUUAUUAAUGCCCCUCAGGUUGCAGAUGCAAUCCUUGGUAAUCAAAUGUUUUCUCAUUUCGAUCACCAAGCUAUUGCUUCGCUCUGUGAGCGUGCUGGCUUAGUCCAACGUGCUUUAGAGCUUUACGAGAAACCCGCAGAUAUCAAGAGAGUUAUCGUGCAUACUAAUUUAUUGAAUCCUGAAUGGUUAAUGACAUAUUUUGGCAAGUUUUCACCUGAUGAAGUUUAUGAUUACUUAAGAGAGAUGCUUCGCUCUAAUCUCCGCCAAAACUUGCAAGCAGUAGUGCAAAUUGCUACUCGUUAUUCCGACUUAGUUGGGUCUCAACGACUUAUUGAAAUGUUUGAAAAGUUUAGGACUUUUGAGGGCCUUUAUUAUUACCUGGGUAGCAUUGUCAACAUUACUCAAGAUGCUGACGUUGUCUAUAAAUACAUUCAAGCCGCUUGUCUUAUGAAUCAAUUCACCGAGGUUGAGCGUAUUUGCCGUGACAAUAAUGUCUACAACCCCGAAAAGGUCAAAAACUUGCUCAAGGAAGCUAAGCUAGCUGAUCAACUUCCAUUAAUUCUUGUCUGCGAUCGCUAUAACUUUGUAAAUGAUUUGAUUUUCUACCUCUAUCGCAAUAAUCUUCAUCAAUUCAUUCAAAUUUAUGUGCAACGUAUCAAUCCUUUGAAAACCCCACAUGUUGUUGGGGCUCUGUUGGAUAUGGAUUGUGAAGAAGAGUUUGUGAAAAACCUCUUGAACUCUGUUAUUGGUCAAAUUCCUAUUGAUGAAUUGGUAGAAGAAGUAGAGAAACGCAACCGCCUCAAAUUGUUACUCCCAUAUUUGGAGUCACUGCUGCAAUCAGGCAACCAGGAUCGUGCUAUCUAUGAUGCUCUUGCUAAAAUUUAUAUCGAUUCCAACAAUAACCCAGAGGUUUUCUUAAAGGAAAACGAUAUAUAUGACACUCUUUCGAUCGGUAAAUACUGUGAAAAACGUGAUCCCUAUUUGGCUUUCAUCGCUUAUGAGAAGGGUACUAAUGACACGGAGCUCAUUACUCUCUGUAACGAAAAUUCAAUGUUUAAACAACUUGCUCGUUAUUUGCUUAAGAGAAGCGAGCCUGAGCUAUGGCUAGAAGUAUUACAAGAUCAAAUGUUCCGCAGACCUUUACUUGACCAAGUUAUCGCGACAGCCGUUCCUGAAUCUUCAGACCCAGAGGCCGUUUCUAUUGUGGUUCGUUCUCUCAUGGAAGUUGACCUUCCAGGUCAAUUGAUUGAGCUUUUAGAGAAAAUCGUUCUGCAACCUUCAUCCUUUAGUGAAAAUGCUAAUCUUCAAAAUUUGCUGUUUCUAACGGCCAUAAAAGCUGAUAAGUCACGUGUCAUGGAAUACAUCGAUCGACUAAGCAACUACGAUGUUGAAGAAAUUUCUGAAAUUGCAGUAGAGAAUGGCUUGUUUGAGGAAGCGUUCAAGAUUUACAAGAUUCAUCACAAGCAUGAAGAAGCUAUGAAGGUUCUCGUUGAGGAUAUUGUCAGCCUUGAUCGCGCCGAAGAGUAUGCUGAAAUUGUCGACCAACCUGAAGUUUGGUCUCGUUUAGCCAAGGCACAACUAGGUGGAAUUAGAAUUUCUGAAGCCAUCGCUUCUUACCUAAAGGCCAAUGACCCUUCCAAUUAUGAGGAGGUUAUUGAAUUAUCUUCUCGAGCCGGUAAGUACGAGGAUUUAAUUAAAUACCUGUUUAUGGCCAGAACUAAGAUGCACGAGCCUGACGUCGAUAGUGCCAUAUUGGUUGCUUAUGCUAGAACCAACCAAUUGACAGAGAUGGAGACAUUUUUGAUUGGUUCCAAUGUGGCUGAUGUGAAAUCAGUCGGUGAUGAAUGCUUUGACAGUGGUAACUAUGAGGCUGCUAAGAUUAUGUAUUCUAGCAUUUCCAACUGGUCCAUGCUUGCUUCAACCUUGGUUUACCUUAAGGAAUAUCAAGGUGCUGUUGACUGUGCUCGUAAAGCCAACUCUAUUAAGGUAUGGAAGCAAGUAGGCACUGCUUGUAUUGAACAGCGUGAAUUCCGUUUGGCUCAAAUUUGUGGCUUGAAUUUGAUUGUUCAUGCUGAAGAACUUACUUUCCUUAUUCGUUUGUAUGAAGAGCGCGGCUAUUUUGAUGAAGUCAUUUCCUUGAUGGAAGCUGGUUUGGGAUUGGAACGUGCUCAUAUGGCUUUCUAUACUGAGCUGGCUAUUCUCUAUUCCAAGUACAAACCCGAGCGCUUGAUGGAGCAUUUGAAGCUUUUCUGGGGUAGACUUAAUAUGGCUAAGGUUGUUAAAGCAUGCGAUCAAGCACAUUUGUGGAAUGAAGCUGUUUUCUUGUACGUCCACGACCAAAGUUACGAUAAUGCUGCCGCCAUUAUGAUGGAAGAACCUGAAGCUUUUGAUCAUCAAUCAUUUAAGGAUAUCAUCGUACACGUGGCGAACUUGGAGUUGUACUAUAGAGCUCUACAUUUUUAUUUGGAGCAGCACCCUAUGCUCCUUACUGAUUUAUUAGCUGCUUUAACUCCUCGUAUUGAUCAUUCAAGAGUUAUUCGCAUCUUUGAAAAGUCUGAAAAUACACCACUCAUUAUGAACUUUAUGGUUGCUAUUCAACAUUUGAACAUUGAAGCUGUUAACAACGCUUACAACGACUUAUUGAUUGAAAUGGAAGAUUAUCAAUCUUUACAAGACUCGAUUGAGAAUUAUGACCGAUUUGAUGCCAUUGCCUUAGCUAAGCGACUUGAAAAGCAUACCUUGCUUGAAUUCCGUCGCAUUGCAGCUUACAUUUACCGUAAAAAUAGACGAUGGAUUCAAUCCAUUGAACUUUCAAAGCAAGAUCGAUUCUACAAGGAUGCCAUUAUAACCGCUCGUGAUUCCAACCAAACUGAGAUUGCUGAAGAUUUGAUGAAAUACUUCGUGGAAAUCGGCAACUAUGAAUGCUUUACUGCUAUCUUAUAUACUUGCUAUCAUUUGCUUCGUAAUGACUUAGUAAUGGAGAUAAGUUGGCGCAAGGGAUUACAGGACUACGCUUAUCCUUACUUCAUUAACUUCCAAGCCGAAAUGUUUUCCAAAAUCCUUACUUUAGAAAAGGAUAUAAAGGAAAAGGGGGUCAAGUCGGAUGAGGAACCAAGCACUUUAGGUACUGGCAUCUUCGGCAACACCCUGAUGCUUACACAAGGACCUAUGGCUACAGGAAGCAACAAUACUGGUGCUUCUGGCUUUGGAUUUUAAGCAACUUUUUUUCCAUUAUGCGUUCGUUAUUAAGAAAUUUAAUGCCAUUCUUUUUGAAUUACUAGAACUUGAGGUUCGUAGCAAGAAAUCAAUUCUAUUAUGAUACUAUAGACAAUGUUAGUGAUUUAUGUUUUAAGGCAUCUCAAUCUCAACUGCAUUACUCAAAUGAAUAAUAACUUAUGGCC